CAUUAGGCAGCAGCUGGGGGAAGAAUCAACACACCAGGGAGCAGAGCGGAGCGGACCCGAGGACAGAGGCGGCAGCUGCCUCCGCUGCCGCCCGCCGCCGCCGCCGCCGCCGCAGCCACUGCCGGGGCUCAGCCCAGCGGCGGGCCCCGCGCCCCCGCAGCCGCCCCGCGGCGACCCCCGGCGCGACCCCCGGGCCGCGCACCCCGAGCUGCCUCCGGGAGGGGGGGGGGAAAGGGCCCGGAUCCUCCUUCUCCCCCUCCUCCUCCUCCCCCUCCUCUCACCCUCACCCACCUACCCUGACCCCCUCCCCGCCUCCCCGGCCCCCCUCACCCCGACCCUCUCCCCGGCCCCCGCCUCCCCUCCCCCGCCUCGCCCCACCGGCUUCCCACCACGGCCUCUCUCGGCGAGGAAACUCUGGCCUCCGCUUCCUCCUCCUCCGACUCGGACACCGGCGGAGCCUCCCCGCCCCCGCGGAAGAAACCCCGAGCCUCGGCGGCGGAGGGAGCAGGAGAGCCCGGGGCUUCGGCAGGCAGAGCAGGCCUCUCCCCUCCGUCCUCGUCGUCCUCGUCGUCCUCGUCCUCGUCCUCCUCCUCCUCCUCCUCCGUGGUGGUAGUGGUGGGACUCCCCCCGGCUGCUGCCUCUCCCGCCGCCGCUGCUGUCCCCCACCGAAGUAGCGGCCACAGCCUGGUCAGCGGCAGCAUCAUGCAGGCCAACGGGGCAGGAGGAGGAGGAGGAGGCGGCGGCGGCGGCGGCGGCGGUGGAGGAGGAGGGGGCGGCGGGGGCCAGGGACAGACCCCGGAACUCGCCUGCUUGUCGGCCCAGAACGGGGAGUCGUCCCCCUCGUCGUCGUCGUCCGCGGGGGACCUGGCCCACGCCAAUGGGCUCCUGCCUUCCGCCCCCUCCGCCGCCAGCAACAAUAGCAACAGCCUGAAUGUCAAUAACGGGGUUCCCGGCGGGGCGGCCGCCGCAUCCUCAGCCACCGUCGCAGCUGCCUCCGCCACCACCGCCGCCUCCUCUUCCUUGGCCACCCCAGAACUGGGCAGCAGCCUCAAGAAGAAGAAGCGGCUCUCCCAGUCAGAUGAGGAUGUCAUUAGGCUAAUAGGACAGCACUUGAAUGGCUUAGGGCUCAACCAGACUGUUGAUCUCCUCAUGCAAGAGUCAGGAUGUCGUUUAGAACAUCCUUCUGCUACCAAAUUCCGAAAUCAUGUCAUGGAAGGAGACUGGGAUAAGGCAGAAAAUGACCUGAAUGAACUAAAGCCUUUAGUGCAUUCUCCUCAUGCUAUUGUGGUAAGAGGCGCACUUGAAAUCUCUCAAACGUUGUUGGGAAUAAUUGUGAGGAUGAAGUUUUUGCUGCUGCAGCAGAAGUACCUAGAAUACCUGGAGGAUGGCAAGGUCCUGGAGGCACUUCAAGUUCUACGCUGUGAAUUGACACCGCUGAAAUACAAUACAGAGCGCAUUCAUGUUCUUAGUGGGUAUCUGAUGUGUAGCCAUGCAGAAGACCUACGUGCAAAAGCAGAAUGGGAAGGCAAAGGGACAGCUUCCCGAUCUAAACUAUUAGACAAACUUCAGACCUAUUUACCACCAUCAGUGAUGCUUCCCCCACGGCGUUUACAGACUCUCCUGCGGCAGGCGGUGGAACUACAAAGGGAUCGGUGCCUAUAUCACAAUACCAAACUUGAUAAUAAUCUAGAUUCUGUGUCUCUGCUUAUAGACCAUGUUUGUAGUAGGAGGCAGUUCCCAUGUUAUACGCAGCAGAUACUUACGGAGCAUUGUAAUGAAGUGUGGUUCUGUAAAUUCUCUAAUGAUGGCACUAAACUAGCAACAGGAUCAAAAGAUACAACAGUUAUCAUAUGGCAAGUUGAUCCGGAUACACACCUGCUAAAACUGCUUAAAACAUUAGAAGGACAUGCUUAUGGCGUUUCUUAUAUUGCAUGGAGUCCAGAUGACAACUAUCUUGUUGCUUGUGGCCCAGAUGACUGCUCUGAGCUUUGGCUUUGGAAUGUACAAACAGGAGAACUAAGGACAAAAAUGAGCCAGUCUCAUGAAGACAGUUUGACAAGUGUGGCUUGGAAUCCAGAUGGGAAGCGCUUUGUGACUGGAGGUCAGCGUGGGCAGUUCUAUCAGUGUGACUUAGAUGGUAAUCUCCUUGACUCCUGGGAAGGGGUAAGAGUGCAAUGCCUUUGGUGCUUGAGUGACGGGAAGACUGUUCUGGCAUCAGAUACACACCAGCGAAUUCGGGGCUAUAACUUCGAGGACCUUACAGAUAGGAACAUAGUACAAGAAGAUCAUCCUAUUAUGUCUUUUACUAUUUCAAAAAAUGGCCGAUUAGCUUUGUUAAAUGUAGCAACUCAGGGAGUUCAUUUAUGGGACUUGCAAGACAGAGUUUUAGUAAGAAAGUAUCAAGGUGUUACACAAGGGUUUUAUACAAUUCAUUCAUGUUUUGGAGGCCAUAAUGAAGACUUCAUCGCUAGUGGCAGUGAAGAUCACAAGGUUUACAUCUGGCACAAACGUAGUGAACUGCCAAUUGCGGAGCUGACAGGGCACACACGUACAGUAAACUGUGUGAGCUGGAACCCACAGAUUCCAUCCAUGAUGGCCAGCGCCUCAGAUGAUGGCACUGUUAGAAUAUGGGGACCAGCACCUUUUAUAGACCACCAGAAUAUUGAAGAGGAAUGCAGUAGCAUGGAUAGUUGAUGGUGAAUUUGGAGCAGACGACUUCUGUUUAACUUAAAAUUAGUCGUAUUUUAAUGGCUUGGGAUUUGGUGCAAACAAACAUGAUUGAUAGCUGGACAGACAUGCUCGUCAUGAAAAAAGAACCAUUUCUGAAGCCCGAUUGGGGCCAAACAUUUACACCUUGCUUCAUAGUAACCAGUUGAGAUGAAGCACGUCGUUAGAACGUUGUUGGACACCAUGUUGAAUUAUCCCCCCAUCGGUUGUGAAGAACUGUGCUACAUUCAGGCUUACCCAUUGAACUCAGUAUAUAUAUUUUUUUCCUUCCUGUCUUUUGUCUGGCAGGAUACCAUUCUUGUUGCUCUUCUGUGUAAUGAAGUUUAAAUGCUUGUUUGGAAAACUUUAUUUAACAGUUUAGAAGGCUUGAUAGAAAGAGUGCAUUAGUCUGAAGAGUAUACAUUGGAUAGGAAAGAAUUUCCUCCUUUUGUUUCUCCAAAUCUUUCCGCCUUAUUUAGCUUGAGAUCUUUGCAGCUUGGUUCAUGGAUUCUAGCCUUGCCCGUUGCGCAGUAUAUACUGAUCCAGAUGAUAAACCAGUGAACUAUGUCAAAAGCACUCUCAAUAUUACAUUUGACAAAAAGUUUUGUACUUUUCACAUAGCUUGUUGCCCCGUAAAAGGGUUAACAGCACAAUUUUUUAAAAAUAAAUUAAGAAGUAUUUAUAGGAUUAAAGUGACUUCAUUUGUAUACAUUUGGAAUCUAAACCAGCUUAAAAACAGUUUCCUCAAUGACUUAGAUACACAGUAUAACUGAUGCUCUUCUGGAAUACCACAUGAGACAUGGUCAGAGACAGCGCUUGGAAGGACAUUACACAGGAAAUUCAGAGUAAUGCUUUGAAGAUUUCCCCCUUUUGUUUUAUUCCUGAAGGAACAUCAGUACCCGAUCUUGAAGAAAUUCAAGAUUCAAAAAGAAUUUUAAAUACACCAACAUGAGAGAUCAGUAGUCAGUUGGUUUUCAGUAAAGCUUUUUCCAAGUUGUUCUCAACUUAGGAAGUAAUUUUGGUGUGAUCUAGCAAAAGAGUAGAAAUCAGCAGAUACAACCACUUUGGAAGUUUAUAGUAUAAUUGAAAUUAUUAGAAGAAUUCAGCAGGUUACAGACAUACUUAAACUGGGAUUAAAACCUCAUAGUCAUUUCUCUUAAUUGCCCUUAAUAUUUUGACAUAUAGGGAUACUUAAAUUUAAAGAAUAUUUCUUCUCAGUUUUUUCACAUAUUGCCAUACUGAACCUCAUUCUAAACUGGUGCUGUGGAUAGUCUUUCCCUCUCCCCUCCUGUUUUAGUUUAAGGAAAGGUUUCCUUCAUGGAAAAGCACUUUUAAUUUUGAGAAUUUCACAUUUAAAAUAAGCCAGAAGCCUGAUGUUCACAUUGUGCUUUUAAACUCCGUAACAGCUGAAUACAACAUAACAUAGUCUCCCUUGAAAUUCCCUCCCUUUUUCAGUAGAGGAUAAAUAGGGUGACUCCAGCUGUUGGAAUGAGAAUGGGGAUACCCCCAAAAUAAGAUUCUGGUGAAGAUAAAGUCGUGUACUAAGUUCCCCUUUAGGCGUACUCAAGUCUAUAAUAUAAUUAUGAUCAUGAAUAGACUCCUCCAGAAUCCACAAAGAGAACAGGGCUUGGAUGUCAAAAAUUCUUCCAUUGUGGGGUAGGUGGUUGGGGAUGGGAGAAAGGGAAAAGUCAGGGAAGGGGAGAAGAAAGAAAAACACAUUUGGCCUUAAAAUAGCUUGCAUUCUCCCAGAAGCCCAUAGUAAAGAAAAUGACAGAUCGUGGUCAGCAGACUCUUAUCAAAUUGGUAUGUAAAAGAUUUCUUCAAGCUCCGUUUUGCAGAGACCACCACUUAGAGAAUCAAAAAAUUCCUGUUUUGAUACUUAUAAGUUAAAAUAUAUGUUACAGUUUAUCUGGUACUUCAUUUUUCUUAACUAAAACUACUUUUUACUUUAAGCUUGAAUAAAAAUCAUCAUUGGUAACUGUAUGUAAUUAAGUGGCAACUUCUCUUUACCUCAGUAUAGUUAAAAACCAUUCAUAUUUUAAGUGAUUCAUGUAUACCCUGAAGCCGUUAAUACACCCCAGUCUCUACGGUAACAUCACUAAAUGUGGGCAUAGAAACUCCACGGCUGUUUACAAAUUUGGUUACAGUGUGCUAUGGUGCAUUUGUAACACUCAGAUUUGUGCCCAUUCAGGGGCAAUUUGGCACUCAGAUUCUACUCUACUUCACCUAACCACCCCUAGAUCUGAGUUUUCAGAGUGCUUCUGAAGUACAGUUAAAAAACACUUUUUAAAAAGUGGAGUAAAAGUGAGGCACAUUUUACAAGAACAUAACUCCUAUUAAAACGGAGUAACAACUAUGCAAAGGUUUCUAUAGCAGCUAGGUGAGUUUGUUUUCCGGGUCUGUCUUAACUGGCAGCUUCCUGUAUAUACUGGUACUUUGCUGUGCCAAUUUGCUGUAAACGUCUGUUUCAUACAUUUGCCAUGCAGUGACUGUGCUAGAAAGGUGAAAUAAAUGGUAAAGAAGCCUAGGAUUUUAUGGUGUAAGAAACUGAUCGAAGGAUUUUCUGAUCCAUAGCUAUUAAUUGAAAACUUCUGAUAGUGCUAUAGGCUCUAUAGUAGGCUUAAGAGUGAGUCUUACACUACGAAGCCAGCCACAAGAUACUAACAAAUGUAUAAAUUGAAAAGUACCAAUACUUUUUGCACAUAGAUCAAAAUAGAGUGGAGAAUUUGGGCUCCAAAAAUCAGGUUAGUAGGCUCAUUUCCAUGUGCUUAAAAAUGUUUUUGUUGUUAUGCAUUGAUUAAGGGCUAGAGCAAAUAUAAAAUUAAAUGUCUUUUUCCUCCAAAUAAUUGGUUAUUAAUGGUAAAAUGUUGGACUUGGGGAUUACUGAGAUUAGUAUGUGGGUAGUAAAGAAUUGGAGUGGGAGUUAGUGGGGAGGGAUGACAAAGCUUCAGCUUUGGUUUUUGUAUUUUAUUAGUCUUCAUAACAGCUACAUUUCUGUUGCUCUUAUUGGCCAGAUAAAUGUGUUAUAUUAAACCAGGUAAGUAUUUUAAACAGAACAUUUUAUUUGCAUAUAUCCCUAUAAAUUGGCCCAUUUUAUUGGGUGGGGGGAUAAAAAAGGGAUUCCCUAACUUUAUAUAAUCAGAAUAUCCUGCAAUUGAAAGGAGAAAAAAAUCCAAUUUUGUCAGUAUUUUCUUAGUAUGAAAAAAAACAGAAGUAGUAAUAUGGUGAAUUUUAUUAUUAGGAGUGUUCUGCCUCUAGAGUGGCAUUCCAUGACAUUAAUAGAAAAUCCUUCUUUCCCACCCUUCCCCAUCUUGAAAUUUUCUUUUUUAGGAUGUUGGUUCCUGCAAACAAGAACUGACCCUAUCACCUCUGCCUCACAGUGGGUAAAUAUAUCGUACAUCUCUUGAAAGGGAAAAUAUCCAUGUCAGUUUCUUUCACAGUAGAAGAAUGGCUGCUUUUGAAUGGGGAGGAAAGAAGACAUUUUUCUUAAUAUCCUUUUUGUCCCAUCUCUAAAAUGUAUAAAUAUUUUGAUUUGGUUUUACUUUCUCAUUCAUAAUUUAGCAACUCUCCUUUUGGGUUGCCCUCCAACACAUUACUUCCAUUUCAGAAACCAUAUCUGAUUUAAUAUAAACUGCUAACUUAAGAAGAGGUGAAUUUGCAUUUACACUUAGACACUUUCUAAAAACAGGGUGAACUUAAUUGAAAUUUUUCAGUGUUGUUAAGCUAUUGUUAUAGUAGCUGCCCUAUAGUUACAAAAAUAAAAACUAUAAAAACCCAUCCCCUAUCUACUUAAUCCAGAUAGCCUGGAUUUAACAAAACUAAUAGUAUAAAAAUGUGUGUGUGUGUGUUCUGUGUGUGUGUGAGAGAGAGAGUACGUGAUUCAUUAAAAAGUCCUGGAAACAGCUGUUCUAGGAUCUUGUCAUUUUUACUAAAAGUCUCGUGCACAUGUGAAGUGCCCUCUGAGUUUAAGGUUUGGUUAAUACUGGUAUAUUUUUAUAAGAUUGAAAUUGUGUCCCCAUCUUUAACUUAAACAUUUUCGUUAUCAGGGUCAAUGUGCUAGAACUGAAUUGUAACAUUUUUAGGCACAGAUGGAAAAAAAUGUUAUUGGCUCCUUGAAAAUGUGUGUGUGUGGCGAGGGGAAUAGAUCCACAAAAGCAUGUAUGUACUUACAAACCAAGCUGUAGAGAUCAAGAAAAGAACUUAAAUGUUGAUCUCAAGAUUUCUAAAUUGUCAAGAUUUACAUGGCAUUGUGGUGGAACUAGUUAACACUUAGAGCUUUUGGUAUGUAAUAACUAUUUGCUAUGGACUGAUUAAAUGUUUCAAAAGAUUGUGUUCUUCAAUUUUGGUGGGUUUUGAUUUUUGUUUUUUUAACUGCCUCUCAGAUUAUAUUUACUUAGUUUAAAUUUCUUUGCUUUAUUCAUUAAAGUAUAAAAACUUCAGGUCUCUGAUAUUUAUUUUCACUUGUUUACUAAUUAUUUACAAAACACCCUUUGUUGACUUUUAUUUUAUAAAUGUGUAAUGUAUUAAACGUCUUUAAAUUUUUGUUCAACUGAAACUACAUUAACUUUGAUUUGCUUUACUGGGAUUUUUUUUAAAGACACCUUUUCCAUGUCAGUGCGCAGCACUUAACCAGUCGUUUGUAUUCCCUUUCUUUCAAUCCAAUAAACAGAAUGAAUACCUAAA